UGGGUGUCUGUGAUGCUUUAAACUUCUAAAAAUGCUGUAUAAGUCCAAAGAAAAAUAUUUUUAAGCAGAAAACAAUUUUGUAAACUCAUAUUUUUGGAAAACACAUUUCUUACUGAUGUUUUACAUUCUUUUUAUUUCAGUGGGAGAUCUUCAGAAAGCCUGCUUCUAUAGCCAGAACAGACUGGAAAGACCAUAACUUCUGUGCUGGAGAAUUGGUCGAGUUGUGAGGAAGGGAGAAGACAGAACACUGAGAUCUUCUUCAAGACUCGUCAACUUCAGGUAUGCCGUCCCUUUCAUGGAACAUGUCCAAUCUGCAGUGGACUCCGUUUGUGAUUACCUGUGACACUACACCCAACAAAUCCUUAGAAGACGGUUUAAGAAUAUCGAGAAAAGAUGUGAACUUUGAAGACGCAGAGCUGUGGCUCCCAAUGAUACGUUACUGGCGCUUAGAACUUUUUAUGAUCCCUGCUUCCAUUUUCAUCUUUGUUACUUUGCUGGCUGAUCCACUUAUUUUUAUUUGCAUUCUCUCAAGCAGAAAACUCCGUCAGGAAACUCGCUAUCUUCUCCUGGCGAAUGCCCUCUUUGCGGACAUUGUGUUCCUUAUCUUCAACUUAGUGCUUUCAGCCAGUAACAUGGCAGGCUUACAUUUGCAGAAGUUGCUUUGUGAAGCUCUGUUUAUUGUAGAGGUAACAACCUACUGUACAGGCAUCUUGACCAUUACAUUAAUGGUGCUGGACACCUAUCUCGCUGUCCGCUGGCCGCUGCACUAUAUGAACCUGCUGCCCUCCUCCAGGGCUAAAAAAAUUGUGGUUGGGAUUUGGAUUUUAGCUGCUGUUUACCCAGUCACCAUUAUGAUUGCACUGGAAAUGCUGGACAGUAUUGAAUGGGAGAAACAGGAAGUGUGCCUUAUGCUGCUAACCUUAGACAGCAGAACCCUGGGAAAAGAAAUGGUCAUUGCCAUCCACGUCUAUUUCUCUUUAGGGGUCAUGCUGUGCUCUUUGCUGAUUUUUUAUUGCUACAUUCGGCUCUACCUUAUUACCAAGAUGUCAGGAGUUUGGCAAAACCGAUAUUCAAGAGCUAAAAUGACAUUGCUCUCCCACACCAUCAUGUUGCUUCUUUAUUUUAGCCCUGGUUUAGUUUUCACUAUUGAGAUCUUUUUAUUCCAACAUUACCCUGUGGAACUGGACAUUCGGGUGUGGAUGAAUAUAAUAAAUAUCAAUCUUCUGGUGCUGGUGCCUAGGGCCUUCUUCCCUUACCUUUAUGGACUAAGAUAUCGAGAAAUCUGUGAUAGUAUAAGAGGGCUCUUUCGAAGAAGGAGGAUGAGUCAGAUUAGUAGUAUCUCCUAGAUCUCGGGGAUAAUUGGACAAAAGAGUGCACGGUGUACACAUUUACUGAUGCAUGCCCUUCAAAGGUAAAUAUACGUGUUACGAAUAUGAUUGUUACAAGUCAGACAUGACUGUAUACCCAUAAACAGAUCAGCCUAUCAAAGGAUAUGCUUGGGGGAAGUGAUUUUUAGGAUUGGUUUGUACCCGCCAA